AUGGCCGCAGAAAACGCCAAUACAUAUCUGCAACACCACCCUUCAGACGAGUCUGACAAUGAUGUUGGAUAUGAUUCAGAAGCCGCCGAAGUCUCAAAAGUUGGUCGAGCGUCGAAGAGAAGGAAGACGAGUCAUACUUCCUCAGGUGAAGACUCCGAGGACGAGCAAAAGCGGCAGACGAAGCAGCGCGCGGUAGCUCUGAUACGUGAUGCUCAAGAAGCGAACGGCCCGGACAGAGAGCAAGACCACGACGAAGGUGCCGAGAUCACGGGAAAGGAUUUGAUGACCACGCAGAGCAGGGAAUCGGUGGGUGUAGUUCUCGAGGACGAGAGCAUAUCUGCGGUAUCCCGGAAGAAGCAGAAAAAAAGGACGAUAAAAUCCAAAGACAAGGAUACACCACCAGGUGUAAUCUACCUCUCCUCUCUACCGCCAUACCUCAAGCCCUCAGCUUUACGAAAUCUUCUGUCACAGCGCGGCUUUGAACCUAUAGCACGAUUAUUCCUCUCCCCAGCCUCGAAGCACAAAUCAAGCUCGAAGAAGAAUUCCCGACAGCUGUACACCGAGGGCUGGAUCGAAUUCGCAUCCAAAAAGACCGCCAGGAGAUGUGCCGAAACACUAAACGCUCAAGUGAUUGGCGGCAAGAAGGGUGGAUUCUACCAUGAUGACGUCUGGAACAUGAAAUACCUGAGGGGCAUGCGGUGGGAGGAAUUGAUGGCGGGUGUUAGAGAGGAGAAGCGCGAGAUGGAGGGCAGGAGAGAUGAGGAGAGGAGAAACAUCAUGCGCGACACCAAGAGGUUCGUGGAGGGUGUAGAGGAAGGCAGGAGGCUCCAGGGCAUGAAGAGGAAGAAAGAGUCCAAACAACAUUUGGACUCUGAUACGCCGGCACAGCCAGAUGUCAAGCGUACUUGGAGACAGUUCGAUGUCAAAGGAAAUGAACGGCAUGAGAAAUCGAAUAGAGGCAGCGCUCACCAGAGUGGUAUUUCUGACGACGUAAAGGAGGUCUUGGGAAAGAUCUUCUAG